ACCUCCUUCCCUUCAAAUAGUCGAGUCCACAGGACGCGCAGCAGUGCUUGAGCCGGGACACGGCGGAGCUGAGAGGCGCGCACACCGCUGCGAUGACAGGCACACUCCUGCCGCCGCCGCCGCUGCUGCUGCUCUCCUUCUUCUUCUUCUUCUUCACCGGCGGAGAAGCGCAGAUACCUGCCGCUGCUGUGAGGGAGUAUUACAUAGCAGCUGUAGAAAUCGGUUGGGAUUAUAUCCAUCUGGACAGUGUUGACCCAGCGUCCGACCAAAGGAAAUUUAAAGAUAUUCCUCAAAAAUACAUCAAGGCCGUUUACAGGGAAUACACCGACUCCACAUACACGGUCCCCAGGCCGAGGCCAGCAUGGACAGGAAUUCAAGGUCCAGUGAUUGUUGCCCAGGCGGGUGACAGGGUGGUGGUCCACUUCAAAAACCUGGCCUCUCAGCCCUACAGUAUCAGCCCUGUGGGGAUCACCUACUGGAAACAAUCUGAAGGAGCUGGGUAUGAUGACUCCACAGCAGGCCAGGAGAAGGAGGAUGAUGCCGUCUUUCCUGGAGGAUACUACGAGUAUGUGUGGGACAUCAGUCCAAAGGACGGUCCCACCGUCAGUGACCCCGAGUGCCUCACCUACUCCUACUCAUCACAGGUGGACACAGUGCGAGAUGUCAACUCAGGACUCAUUGGUGCCCUGCUCAUCUGCAAAUCAAGUGCCUUUGCUGAUGACGGCCAGAGGAGAAAUCCAGCUUUUGUGCUGAUGUUUGCGGUGUUCGAUGAGACCAAGAGCUGGUAUGGAGAAGUGGGAGAGAGGAUGAGCAGGGAGAGGUUCAAGAAGACCAGGACCAGGAAGGAAUACCACACCAUCAAUGGUUAUGUCAACUCGACGUUACCCGGUUUAAAAAUUUGUCAGGGCCGUAAUCAUGUGAUCUGGCAUGUGAUUGGGAUAGGCACGGCUCCAGAAAUCCACUCCAUUCAGUUUCAGGAUCACUCUCUGGAGGUGCUGACCCAUCGUAAAGUCACCAUGGAGGUGACCCCUAUGACAUUCAUCUCUGCAGAAAUGAGACCUGCUACUUUAGGUCGCUUCCUUAUCAGCUGUCAGAUACAUGCUCACCGCCACGAUGGUAUGAACGCUUUCUUCACGGUGGAGAAAUGUCCUGACCCCGUCACUCUGCCGGGACCCGACUUGCGUAAUGUCAAACACCAGGACGAUAGUGAAGAGUACAGUGAAGAAGACAGUGAGGAUUACUUCAACAUUAUAAGCUUUCAGCCUAGGAAGCCACAAGUGCAAGCCAGAUCCAGCGGGGGACAGCAGUCUAAAAUCUGGGAGCAUUACAUCGCCAUUGAAGAGGUCACCUGGGACUACGCUCCUCAUCUCAAACCAACAGACAGUGAGCUGCAGUCUGAAUAUCUUCCUGCUGCUCCCCAUCACCUGGGCUACAGGUAUAAAAAGGCAGUGUAUGUGGAGUACACCGACAGGUCUUUCACUCAGAGGAAGUCUACUGCAGAGACUCUGCUGGGUCCACUUCUGAAAGGAAAAGUCAAUGAUCAAAUCCACAUCACUUUGAAAAACCUGGCCAGUCGCCCUUUCAAUAUCUACCCCAAUGGCCUUACCAAGAUCUAUCUCCUGCGAGGAUCCACAAAUGUGGCAGAGAAGGACUUGCGCUCCAUGGGAGUGCCCCCCAAUGGGACGUUUGGUUACGUUUGGAGGCUAACAACAGAUGAUGGGCCUUUGAACAGAGACCCCCAGUGUCUGACACAGCUGUAUCAGAGCACCGUCUCCCCCGACAGGGACUUGGCCUCUGGGCUGGUGGGCACCUUGCUCAUCUGCAAGAGCGACGCCAUUGACACCAGGGGACGCCUGAUUGGACCAGAUAAAGAGUGGAGCGUGAUAUUUGCUGUGUUUGAUGAGAACAGAAGUUGGUAUGUCAAGGAAAACAUGGAGAAGUCCAGCAAAAACUCCCCUAACAUCACUGACCCUGAGGUCUACAACUCCAAUGUCAUUUACAGUGUAAACGGCUUCAUGUUCAGUGGGCGUCAGUUUGUGUUAUGUAAAACUGACGUCGCCUUCUGGCAUGUGGCCAGCGUUGGCACCCAGAGUGACUUCCUCUCUGUUUAUUUCACGGGAAACCUCUUUCAGUACCAAGACCUCUAUCAGUCCGUCCUCACCCUCUUCCCCAUGACUGGUGUAACGGUUCCCUUGGAGCCUGAGCUGUUGGGUGAAUGGGAGAUUAGUGCCUUUGAUGGCACCCUCAAGAGCCGGGGGAUGAGCAUCCGUUACACUGUCCGUCCUUGCGACAAUGGAGAGCUCCCACUGGUCGAUCAUGAUAGAGACGAAGAUAUCUCUGACUAUAUCGAUUGGAUAGAUAUGACGCCGAGGGGCAGAAGACCUCAAAAUCGAACAAUGUUGGUUCGAGUGUGCAAGAAACCCCUCACUAGUAAAAGUGCUCAAUCAGUGAAUGGCUCACGUCACAAUGUCACUGAUGAUAAACCUGAGGAGGCUGGGUCUGAAGGACAGUCAAGAUGUCAGCUGAGGAAAAUGAGAAUAACAUCACAGGAAGGAGCAAAACCCAAAAUGGUGUUGGAGGAAGAAAUCCCACAGGAUAUCUUGGAGGAAAUAGAGAUAGAUGGGGAGUGGGCCAAUUCUCAGAAUGAGACUGAGCAUGAAAGAGCGAGAGGUGUCAGACAGAGAAGGCAAGCAGAGCGCAAUGGGACAGAUAUCGGUUCUGGAGCCUCAGAAGAUGGAGGAACUCAGAUAGAAAUUGGAGAACAGGCUGUGGAAAAUAGGACUGACACUGUUUCAGAGGUAAAAGCUGAGGAAAGGAGCGAAAUGUCAAAUGUAAAUAAUGGGACAAAAGGAGAGCUUGAAGAGAGCGACAAGUCCUUAACGAACAACAGUCCACUGCCGAACAAGACAGCCUCCAGUAUAAAACCAACCAGUUCAGAGGAGAGGGAUCAAAACCACAUGCGGUCUAAGCCUAAGCAACUUAAAGCAUAUCUGAAGGAUCGGAAAUAUAACUACACUAUUACUAACGGCAACACAACAGGGAUUGAUAUGUUGCUUGAGUAUGAUGACUACAACCAAGAGGUGAACAGCACAUCAGAUGGAUUUGCAAUGGAUUAUGUGGAUCCACGCUCUGGAGAGGUCAGAUAUCGCCACUACUACAUUGCUGCAGAAGAGAUCACCUGGGACUACGGCAUCAGAAAACCUCACCAACUCAUCAAACCCAUAGAGGUGCGUCGAGGGAUGAGGAAGUUCCUGCCAGAGUAUAAGAAGGUGGUGUUUCGUGCCUACAAGGAUGAAGCUUUCCUUGAUCCCGUAGGCAGAGGAGAGCUCCAGGAACACCUGGGAAUCAUGGGACCUUUCAUCAGAACAGAGACUAAUGAUCUCCUCACUGUGAUCUUCAAGAACAAGGCAUCCAGGCCUUACUCCUUUCACCUUCAGGGAGUCUAUGACCACAGUCAAGGGGCUGGCAUUGUCCAAACCCAUGCCUUCUCUGCUCCACCUGGGGUCCCAGGAGAGCCUGUGGCUCCUGGGGAGGCGCGGACAUAUAACUGGAAAAUAACCAAAAAACAAGGACCAGCAGACACUGAAUUUGACUGCAAGACUGGGGCUUACUACUCCACUGUGAACAAGAACAGGGACCUUCAUUCGGGUCUGAUUGGUCCACUGGUGAUCUGUAAACCCGGCACCCUCCGCACACGUCGGUACACGCAGCCAGACAUCCAGGAGUUUUCCCUCCUUUUUCACACGUUUGAUGAAACUAAAAGCUGGUACAUGGAGGAGAACCUGCAGCGGCACUGUGCUCCACCUUGUCAGGCCAACACCGAGGACCCCUGGUACCACAUCAGCAACAAGUUUGCAGCGAUAAAUGGCUACGUGGCAGAGACGCUUCCAGGUCUGUUGGUCGCCCAGCACCAGCAAGUCAGAUGGCACCUGCUGAAUGUAGGAAGUGACGGAGAGUACCACGCUGUACACUUCCAUGGUUUGCCUUUCACUGUCCACACUAAAGAGGAACAUCGUAUGGGGAUCUACAACCUCUUCCCAGGAGUGUUUGGCACAGUGGAGAUGAGACCCCCCACAGUUGGCACAUGGCUGGUGGAGUGCACUAUAGGGGACUAUCAGCUGGCUGGCAUGAGGGCCAAACUACUGGUCUAUAAUCCACGAUGUGUCUCACCUCUGGGGAUGAAAUCAGGAAGGAUUGACGAUUCCCAGAUCACAGCGUCAGAUCACAUAGAUAACUGGCAGCCAAGGCUGGCGAGGCUGGAUCAGUCUGGUUAUAUCAAUGCCUGGAUGGGCAGAAACAAGUUGUCAUGGCUACAGGUUGAUCUUCAGAGGCCCACUCUGCUGCAUGGUGUGCAGACACAGGGAGUCAGGGCAAGGCUAAGAGAUAACUACGUCACAUUCUUUACCGUCUCCUACAGCCUGAACCAGGAGACCUGGACCACUUACAGGGGAAACAUUACCAGCCAGAUAAAAGUAUUUUAUGGCAACAUGGACAGCUCCAGGGUGAAAUACAACAGCUUUGCUCCACCAUUUGUGGCUCGUUAUGUCAGGAUUCAGCCGGUGGACUUCAAACAAAAUCCUGCUCUCCGACUGGAGCUGCUGGGCUGUGACCUCAACAGCUGCUCUCUCCCCCUCGGGCUCCAAAAGAGGUUGAUUUCUGACAGCAGCUUUAGUGCCUCCUCAUUUUACUCCUCUCUGCUGCGAAGCUGGUCCCCCGAUCUCGCCCGCCUGCAUCUGGAAGGGAGCGCCAAUGCCUGGAGGCCAAAGAACGACAACCCCCAUGAGUGGCUGCAGGUUGACUUGAAUAAAAUAAGGCGCAUCACAGGUGUUGUGACCCAAGGAGCACGAUCACUGCUGACCCAGAUGAUGGUGACAGAGUUCUCGGUCACGGUCAGCCAUGAUGGACGCUCCUGGAGCAGUGUGUUAGAGGAGAACUCCCAAAGAGAAAAGAUCUUCACAGGAAACACUGAUCCAGACGAAGAGGCUCACGCUAUGUUUGAUCCCCCUCUGUUCGGCCGCUUCAUCCGUAUCCACCCACGGGGUUGGAUCAACCACAUCGCCCUGCGUCUGGAGGUCCUGGGCUGUGAUACGCAGCAGGGGCUUUGACGCCACUGGCUAAACAUAUACCGCAUAUGCCAUGCAAGCAACAUUGUAGUAGCAUAAUGUAUUCCUGUUUCAUUUCGGCAAGUGAGGAAAACAUUUAUAUUGUCACGUAGAGCACUUGUUAAGGUAUAUAUUAUGAGAAUCUGAGAAGCUAUUACUUCAGUGGCCACAGCUUUGUUUACAUUUUCAAUUCAAUUCAAUUCAACAUUAUUGAUCCCUGAAGAGGGAAAUUAGUUUGUCCCAGCAUCAUUUUACAUUUCCUCCUUUUUGACGACAUGGUGUUGAGUCAUUUCAUGAGAAGAAGAGCACAGAAUCAAGACUGAUGUCAACAGAAAAGAGUUAAACAGUAUUUGGUUUCCCUUUGCAGUAUAUGGCUGGGCUCAUCACAGAACAGACCUUGUGAAUGUAAAUAUUUCAGACUAAGAUGGAUGUAUAAAGUUUGAAUGGUCGAUGUAUAUUGCUGGAUUAGUUUAUAUUAAUGUCCUUUUUCUGCUUUAUUAGAGUUUAUAAAAACAAUGAAUCUUGAA